AUCUUGGAAAAAAAAAAAAAAAGCCCAAACAAAUAAGAAAAGAAAAGAAAGACACACACACAAAAAGAAGGAAAAAAAAAUCCGUCCGUAAAAGUUUACGGCGAGAAGUGGCAGCGGCGGCGGCGGCGCCAGGAGGCGCGGGGCGAGCGGGCGGCGGCGGCGGGGCCGGCCGGGCCUCCGAAGGCUGCGAUUCCAUUAUUAAUAUCGCCGGGUUUUGGAGGGAGAGAGGCACCUUUCUCAUCCUCUCUUCCUCUCCGCCCGCCCCUGCUCCCUCCCCCUCAUCUACCUGUCAAAGUCACUGAUCUUUGGCAUUUCCGAAGAGGACGUCAACGGGAAGGAAUUCCCCCCUCUCGACGCGGGCUCCGAGAGGGAGCGAGCGCGCGGGAGGCUCCCCGGGCGCCGGGCGAAGGGUGUUGGUGCCAGAAGAGAAGAAUGAUUGAUGGGAAACAGACACCAGACUAGUGACACUCAUCCUUUUGCUUCAGAUACUGAUAUCUCAACACGUCUGAGCAUCCCUUGUGAGCCGUGAACACUGAGGAUCAUUCAGGGUUAUUGGAUGUACAAUGGGAGAGCCAUCACUUUGCUAAAUUAUUAUCUGCUACUGGACAUAUUUUACAAAAACCAAACCAGACCGGAGUCUAACAGAUGUGUUCUAGGACAAAAUAAAAAAAAAAAAAAAGGAAGCUGUGAGUUGUUGCUAACGCUUAAUCCACAAGUAUGUUAGGCCUCUACCAGUGUCCUCAAUAAACCUGAACAUGCACAGUGUUUAACCCAGCGCAUUUGGUUUUGGAAUCUGCUUUGAGAUCUCUUCCUCAUCUAUUUUUUUUAAAUAUAUGGACCUACCUAUAUAGAGGCUUAUAUAUUUAUGUAAGAUAGAGACAGGUCAAAAAUAAACCACGGAGACUGCAAAGAGUUUAGAGAUGUAUUUGUCAAGAUUCCUGUCGAUCCAUGCCCUUUGGGUCACCGUGUCCUCAGUGAUGCAGCCCUACCCUUUGGUGUGGGGGCAUUACGACGUGUGUAAGACGCAGAUUUACACAGAAGAAGGAAAAGUUUGGGAUUACAUGGCCUGUCAGCCUGAAUCCACGGACAUGACAAAAUACCUGAAAGUGAAGCUGGACCCUCCGGAUAUUACCUGUGGAGAUCCUCCUGAGACCUUCUGUGCAAUGGGUAACCCCUAUAUGUGCAAUAAUGAAUGUGAUGCUAGCACCCCUGAGCUGGCACACCCCCCUGAGCUGAUGUUUGAUUUUGAAGGAAGACACCCCUCCACAUUUUGGCAGUCUGCUACUUGGAAGGAGUAUCCCAAGCCUCUGCAAGUGAACAUCACUCUGUCUUGGAGCAAAACCAUUGAGCUCACAGACAACAUAGUGAUCACCUUUGAAUCGGGGCGGCCAGACCAAAUGAUCCUGGAGAAAUCCCUGGAUUAUGGACGAACAUGGCAGCCCUAUCAGUAUUACGCUACAGACUGCUUAGAUGCGUUUCACAUGGAUCCCAAAUCUGUGAAGGAUUUGUCACAGCACACGGUCUUAGAAAUAAUUUGUACAGAAGAGUACUCCACAGGCUAUUCCACAAAUAGCAAAAUAAUCCACUUUGAAAUCAAAGACAGGUUCGCGUUUUUUGCUGGACCUCGGCUACGCAAUAUGGCUUCCCUGUACGGACAGCUGGAUACAACCAAGAAACUCAGAGAUUUCUUCACAGUCACAGACCUGAGGAUAAGGCUGUUGAGACCAGCUGUUGGGGAAAUAUUUGUCGAUGAGCUCCACUUGGCACGCUACUUUUAUGCAAUCUCAGACAUAAAGGUGCGAGGAAGGUGCAAGUGUAAUCUCCAUGCCACAGUGUGUGUGUAUGACAACAGCAAACUGACAUGUGAAUGUGAGCACAACACUACAGGCCCAGACUGUGGGAAAUGCAAGAAGAAUUAUCAGGGCCGACCUUGGAGUCCAGGCUCGUAUCUCCCCAUCCCCAAAGGCACUGCAAAUACCUGUAUCCCCAGUAUUUCCAGUAUCGGUAACUGUGAAUGCUUCGGCCACUCCAAUCGAUGCAGUUAUAUCGAUCUGCUAAAUACAGUCAUUUGCGUGAGCUGUAAACACAACACUAGAGGGCAGCACUGUGAGUUAUGCAGGCUGGGCUACUUCAGAAAUGCUUCUGCACAGCUGGACGAUGAGAAUGUGUGCAUAGAGUGUUAUUGUAACCCUUUGGGCUCAAUCCAUGAUCGUUGUAAUGGCUCAGGAUUUUGUGAGUGUAAGACUGGAACGACAGGGCCUAAGUGUGAUGAGUGUCUGCCGGGAAAUUCCUGGCACUACGGCUGUCAACCGAAUGUCUGCGACAACGAGCUCCUGCACUGUCAGAACGGAGGGACAUGCCACAACAAUGUGCGCUGCCUGUGCCCGGCCGCCUACACCGGCAUCCUGUGCGAGAAGCUGCGGUGCGAGGAGGCGGGCAGCUGCGGGCCGGACUCCGGCCAGGGGCCGCCUGCGCACAGCAAGCCCGCCCUGCCGCUGCUCCUGCUGCUGCUCCUGCUGAGCGCGCUGCUGGGGGCCGCCAACCCCCUGGUGUUCUAGGCGUCGCCUCCGGCCCUGGGACAGACCUGUGCCGCGGGGAAGCAAAGGCAACCCUAGCAUUUGCUACCAACGUAGAAACACACAAACACACACACCCCCGACACCCCACUCGAACACAGUGUGCAAACUAAGAGGGCCUAACUGAACUAAGCCAUAUUUAUCAGCCGUGGACAGCACAUCGGGGUCAAGACUGUUCACUUCUGACUCCAGAGGAGUUGGCAGCUGUUUGAUAUUAUCACUGCAAAUCACAUUGCCAACUGCAAAGCUUGCUGUGGAUUGGAAAGGCUGUGACAGCCCCCCCACCCCAACAGGAAAGACAAAAGGCAAACAAACAAAUCAAUCAACCUACAAACAUUCGCUACUCCAACGCGCGGUGCGACCUGGCACCGCUCUGCCCAGUGUGCGGAUCACCCAACAGAAGCGUUCUGCGCGGCCGGGCGCAUCGUGAGUUUAUGGAAGUCUGUUACAAGCUGCCAUAUUGGCCUGCUUCAGCCCCCAGAUCCCUUCCAACCUGUGCUUUAGUGAACGUUGCUCUGUAACCCUGUUGGUUGAAAGAUUUCUUUGUCUGAUGUUAGUGAUACACAUGUGUAACAGCCCCUCCAAAAGCGCCAGCCAGUCAUACCCCUGCAUAUCUUAGCAGCACUGAGUCAUCUCGGUGCGAGGCACACCCACUAGACAAGAGUGGCUAUAGGAAAAGAGAAAGUGUAUCUAUCCUUUUGUAUUCAAAUGAAGUUAUUUUUCUUGAAAUACUGUAAUAUGUAGAUUUUUUGUAUUAUUGCCAAUUUGUGUUACCAGACAAUCUGUUAAUGUAUCUAAUUCAGAUCAGCAAAGACUGACGUUUUAUUUUGUCCUCUUUCGUUUUGGUUUUGUUUCAUUGUGCAGAGAUUCCUCUGUAAGGGCAACGAACGUGCUGGCAUCAAAGAAUAUCCGUUUACAUAUAUAACAAGUGUAAUAAGAUUCCACCAAAGGACCUUCUAAAUGUUUUCUUGUUGCUUUAACACUGGAAGAUUUAAAGAAUAAAAAUUCCUGCAUAAACGA